AGACAAAAUAAUCAUCUUAUCAUUAUCCAAUUAAAUUCUAAUUUAGGGACCUAAAGUUCACUCAAACUAAAACAAUACUCCCACAAAGCAUGGGGAUUUUGAGAUAUAAGCUGUUUUAUUCGGAAAUGAGGUGGUUGAUUUCCUUCGCUCUCUUAGGCCUUGUCUCGAUCUGCUGUGAUGGAGUUUGGGCUGUGGGAACUGAGUCGCUCACUCGGGAGCUAUUGGAAUCGGCGAGGGAUGCGGAGUUCUUCGCGUGGUUGAAAUCGGUUAGGCGGAGACUCCACGAGUAUCCGGAACUCGCAUUUCAAGAGAACCGAACGAGUCAACUCAUUCGAACUGAGCUCGACUCGCUAGGUAUUCGCUAUGAGUGGCCUUUCGCUGAAACCGGCGUCGUCGCCACUAUUGGCUCCGGUGCUAGCCCCUGCUUCGCUCUUAGAGCUGACAUGGACGCCCUUCCUAUUCAGGAAUUAGUGGAAUGGGAGCACAAGAGCAAAAUUGAUGGCAAAAUGCACGCCUGUGGUCACGAUGCUCAUGUCACAAUGUUGCUCGGAGCAGCUAAAUUGUUGCAGAUAAACCACCGUAAAUUGAAGGGCACCAUUAAACUUGUUUUUCAACCUGGGGAAGAAGGUCAUGCUGGUGCCUACCAUAUGAUAGAGCAAGGAGCUUUAGACGGAGUCGAAGCCAUUUUUGGCUUACACGUUGAUCCUAGUUUGCCAACUGGUGCUGUCAGCUCCAAACCUGGUCCGAUGCUUGCUGGCUCAGGCCGGUUUUCUGUUGUCAUUCGUGGGAAAGGUGGGCAUGCAGCAAGUCCCCAUAACGCUAGAGAUCCGAUUCUUGCUCUUUCUAUGGUGGUUCUUGCACUCCAACAUAUUGUUUCGCGGGAGACUGAUCCUCUUGAGCCAAGAGUAGUCUCGAUUGGAUAUGUACGAGGCGGCUCAGCAAUUAAUGUUAUACCCGAGACCAUUGAGUUUGGUGGAACUUUCCGGUUCUUAGAUCCUAAAAGCCAUUCGUACCUUAAGCAAAGGAUUAAAGAGGUGAUAGAAGCUCAAGCAGCAGUCCAUCAAUGUAGUGCUGUGGUUGAUUUCAUGGAGGAGAAGCUGAUACCGUACCCUGCAACCAUCAAUGAUCCUGUUAUGUACGAGCAUGCUAAAAGGGUGGGAGAGAGCUUGCUCGGGGAGCACGGUGUGCAGCUCAAACCGAUGAUAAUGGGAGCCGAGGACUUCAGCUUCUACGCAGAGAAGAUACCUGCAGCAUUCUUCAUGAUUGGAGUGAGAAACGAAAGCAUGCAGUCAAUCAAAGGCUUGCACUCGCCCCACUUCAUAUUAGACGAGGGUGCUCUCUCUCUGGGUGCGUCUCUUCAUGCUGCAGUUGCUAUGGCAUACUUGGAUGACCAUGCUCGGACUCGUUAGGUGUGCAGUCGUUUUCAGCUGAAGGAAUAGUCAGGACUGAAUAACACUAGUUGUUUAAGUGUUUGGGGUAAAUGUUCAAGUGUGUGAUUUAUACGUUUUUGCAAUUUAAGGACGUUGGAUUUGCGUUUUAACAUAUAUGAUUCAAACAUAUGUAGUUACGUGUUACUUAUAAA